AUGUUAUGUAAUUCUUUAAAAGGGCUUCUUAAAGAGUCUGUUCCUGGCAACGGCGCCGUUGGUGUUGGUGUUGGUAUUGAUGGGAUCGAGAUUGAUGGGAUUGAUAUCGAUAUUGAUGGAAUCGAUAUUGAUGGGAUUGAUAUUGAUAUUGAUGGGAUUGAUAUUGAUGGUAUUGAUAUCGAUGGGAUUGAUGUUGGACAUUCCUCAAAAACGUUUAACAAAGGGUGGGCAGCGACCUAA